AUGCAGACGUGUCUUCUAGUCAUCCUUUCGUUAGCAUUGAUGUCAUCGGCAUGGGGAGAAUGGCGAAGGCAUCAGGCAAGUGACAAUUUCGGGAUUCGAACUCAUCCCUUAUCUUUGUUACCUGUGAAUUCAACAUUGCGACUAUGCCGAGAUUUCAAUAACCCAGUGGGAUUCAAACAAAUUUUGAAACCACUUCUAGUACCAAGAAUAGUUGACACACCAGAGCAUCGUCAAGUUGGAGAGUACAUUUACAACUUCUUCAACCACCUUGGUUGGGCGACAGAAUGGGACCAGUUCGAGGCAAUUACUCCAUAUGGUUUGAAGACGUUCCGGAACUUGAUAGUGACAAAUGGUAUUAAAGCACCGCGUCGAUUGGUUCUGGCUUGUCAUUAUGAUUCCAAGAUUCUGCCAGGGCAGGUAAUGUAUGCUGCUACGGAUUCAGCCGUGCCAUGCGCGAUGAUAAUGGACAUAGCUAUGUCGCUCACGCCCUAUAUGUAUAAACGAGUUGCCUCGGAUGUCGCCUUGCAACUGAUCUUUUUUGACGGUGAAGAAGCGUUUGUAGAUUGGACCGAAGCAGAUUCGCUCUACGGGUCACGACAUCUUGCCAAAAAGUGGGAAUCGAAAUGGUAUCCCACAACAACCGGCACAAACUUUGAAUUGAGUCGAGAAAUCGAUAGGAUUGAUGUUCUCAUGCUGCUCGACCUCCUUGGAGCUGCAAAUCCUAUUAUAUCAAAUACGGCCGGAUUAGGAGCAUUUCGAUUGUUCGACCAAUUGCCUGUCAUUGAAGCGGAAUUGCGUCGUCUUGGUUGUGCUAAUAUAGCCUCUAAUGUUUUCCAAUCAAGAUUGACCCUAAAUGCUGUCGAAGACGAUCAUGUUCCUUUCAUGAGGAGAGGUGUACCCAUUCUCCAUCUAAUUCCGGUGCCAUUUCCACGUGUGUGGCAUACAGCACACGACAACGAAGGGGCGCUGCAUUAUCCAACUAUCCAUCAUUUGACGUCUGUAAUAAGGGUAUUCGUGGCAAAAUACCUGGGAAUCGCUCCCAAAUGA